GCCCAGGGGAAGUGCCUUAUAAAGCGGCCGCUCGGCCGGGCCGACGCUCCAGUCCCCGUGGCCGCCCUGGAGUUGGCGCAGCCAGGCAGGCAGGCAGGCCGGCCGGGGCGCACCCGGCUUCCCCCGCAGCACAGACCGCAGCCCGACCUGCGGGCGUCGGGGAGCACGGGGGCGGGCAUGCGUGGCCCGCGGCAUGGCGUCGGCCGUGUUUGAAGGCACGUCGCUGGUGAACAUGUUCGUGCGUGGCUGCUGGGUGAACGGCAUCCGCCGGCUCAUCGUCAGCCGGCGCGGCGACGAGGAGGAGUUCUUCGAGAUCCGCACCGAGUGGUCGGACCGCAGCGUGCUCUACCUGCACCGUAGCCUCGCCGACCUGGGCCGUCUGUGGCAGCGCCUCCGCGACGCCUUCCCGGAGGACCGGCCCGAGCUGGCGCGCGCGCCGCUGCGCCAAGGCCUGCUCGCCAUCAAGAACGCACAGGACAUCGAGAGCCGGCUGGACGAGGUGGAGAAGCUGCUGAAGCUGGUGAUCAGCAUGCCCUGUAAGUAUUCCAGGUCGGAAGUCGUGCUGACUUUCUUUGAGAGGUCACCCCUGGACCAGGUGCUGAAAAAUGACAAUGUGCGUAAGAUUCAGCCCAGCUUCCAGAGCCCCGUCAAGAUCUCAGAAAUCAUGAGGUCCAACGGCUUUUGUUUAGCCAAUACGGAGACCAUAGUCAUCGACCCCAGUAUACCCAACGGAAGAGACCAGCCCCUGGGCGUGGAUUCCCCAGAGCAUCUGUUUGAGAACAGCAACGAGUUCACCUCGGAGCUGGAGGAGGGCGAUGACCCCGCAGCGUAUGUGACCAACCUGUCUUAUUACCACCUGGUCCCCUUUGAGACGGACAUCUUGGACUGAACCUCUGCAGUGGGCCUCCCUGACCGACCUCCACCCUUGACCGUCAGUGCAGACGCUGCCCGUCGCAGCGCCAGCGUCUGCUGUGCAUGGGUGCGUCUACCUGUGUUCCUGGUGGCCACGACUAAGCCACCAGGUCCCCCAGCGGCCGAGGUCACGUCCCGGGAGCCACGUGACAAUGCUGUUCCGAGGGUCUUCUCUGCACGGAUGCCACCAGCUGCCCUUUGCACCUCGGGCCUCACUGUCCAGGACGGGGACUCCAGGCCAGCUGGGCUGCACUGGCUGGUGGUUCUGUCUCCGGGCAGUGUGCCCCCACCAUCCCUCCCGGGCCAAGGCACAAAGCAUUCCAGAGGAGCUGCUGAACAACACCAAGCUCUGGGCCUCGCAGAUAAGGCACCUGCUGUCUCCCCCACGGUGUGCCCCAGAGCUCGGAAGCUCUUGCCUCUGCUUUUCAUCUUCUAGCUGAAAACAGUCUUCUCAUUCAAGAGGGAGCUUGCGUGGGGAAUAUUGGCUACAGAGAGAGGGGACCUCACGCCCGUCACGUGUCCGUGUGAGUGGACUUCGGGGUCCGUGGUUUGGUUCUUUCUUGGCUCACCAGCAUUGCUGCCCCUUAGUGUACUCUGAGAAGGCAGGGGAAUCGAGACGGGAGCUCCAGGCGGCGGCGCCCACCGUGGGCCCCCGUGUCUACUAACGACCAGCGUCUGCUAGUGUACAUAGUGGUAAAUUAUUGAGAUUUCUAAUUCUUUUACACAGUCUGGUUUUUAAUCUAUUUUAAUUAAAUAAAAGCUGUUACUCUGCU